GGGGUUGCCCCACGGCUGUGCUGGGAAGCACCAGGAAACACUGGGUGUUGGGCAGUGGUCCUGCGGUGGGAACGUCCCUCACCGGGCCAACUCUUUGUAUGCUCACCUCUCCUCUUCCACGCAGGUGGCCAACCUCCUGCGGCUCUUCCAGAUCCCACAGAUCAGCUACGCCUCCACCAGCGCCAAGCUCAGCGAUAAGUCCCGCUAUGACUACUUCGCCCGCACUGUCCCGCCGGACUUCUACCAAGCCAAAGCCAUGGCCGAGAUCCUCCGCUUUUUCAACUGGACCUAUGUCUCCACUGUGGCCUCAGAGGGCGACUAUGGGGAGACAGGGAUCGAGGCCUUUGAGCAAGAAGCUCGCAUGCGCAACAUCUGCAUCGCCACCUCGGAGAAGGUGGGGCGCUCCAUGAACAAGAAGACCUACGAUGGGGUGGUCCGGGCUUUGCUGCAGAAGCCCAACGCCAGAGUGAUUGUGCUGUUCACCCGAAGCGAAGAUGCCCGGGAGCUGCUGGCGGCUGCCCAGAGGGCCAACGUGUCCUUCAUGUGGGUGGCCAGUGACGGGUGGGGAGCCCGGGAGAGCGUGGUGGCUGGGAGCGAAGCAGUGGCAGAGGGAGCAAUCACCAUUGAGCUAGCAGCCUACCCCAUUAAGGAGUUUGCUGCCUACUUCCGUAACCUCAACCCCUACAAUAACAGCCGAAAUCCCUGGUUUCGGGAGUUUUGGGAGCAGAAAUUCAAGUGCAGCUUCCACACGCAGGACUGUAGUCGGUACUCCCUCAAGACAGGCAAGUUUGAGCCUGAGUCCAAGAUCACAUUCGUGGUCAACGCGGUCUAUGCCAUGGCUCACUCCCUCCACAACAUGCACCGGGUGCUGUGUCCCAACGCCACCAAGCUCUGCGACGCCAUGAAGCCUGUCAAUGGCAAGAGGUUCUACAAGGACUUUAUCCUCAAUGUUAAUUUUGAUGCUCCCUUCAGGCCAGCAGACACCGAGAGUGUAGUUCGAUUCGACCGCUACGGUGAUGGGAUCGGGCGCUACAACAUCUUCAACUACCACCACAUGGACGGGCGGUACCAAUACCAGAAGGUGGGCUACUGGGCUGAGGGCCUCAGUCUCAACACCAGCCUCAUCCCAUGGGCCGAGAGCUCCAUCCCCGUGUCCCAGUGCAGCGACCCCUGUAAGAAGAACGAGAUAAAGAGCAUGCAGCCUGGAGACAUAUGCUGCUGGAUCUGCAUCCCCUGCCAGCCCUACGAGUACCUGCUCGAUGAGUUCACCUGCAUGGACUGUGGCCUCGGUUACUGGCCCAAUGAGACUCUGAAUGGCUGCUAUGAGUUGCCCCAAGAGUACAUCCGUUGGAAAGAUGCCUGGGCCAUUGGGCCCGUCACUAUCUCUUGCCUGGGUUUUAUCUCCACCCUCUUCGUUUUUGGAGUCUUCAUGAAGAACAAUGACACCCCCAUCGUGAAGGCCUCCGGCCGGGAGCUCUGCUACAUUCUCCUGACCGGAGUCCUUAUGUGCUACAGCAUGACCUUCAUUUUCAUCGCGAAGCCCUCCAUGGAGGUGUGCACACUCCGGCGCCUGGGGCUGGGCACAUCGUUCGCCGUCUGCUAUUCGGCUCUCUUGACCAAAACGAACCGCAUCGCCAGGAUCUUCAGCGGGGUGAAGGAAGGGGUCCAGCGCCCCCGGUUCAUAAGCCCCACAUCACAGGUGGUCAUCUGCAUGGCCCUCAUCUCUUGCCAGCUGAUCAUUGUCAUCAUCUGGCUGCUGGUGGAGACCCCUGGCACAGGCAAGGAGACAGAGCCUGAUAAGAGGUACAUCGUCACCCUCAAGUGCAACAACCGCGAUUCCAACAUGCUCAUUUCGCUCACCUACAACGUCCUCUUGAUUGUCCUCUGCACAGUCUAUGCCUUCAAGACACGGAAAUGCCCCGAAAACUUCAAUGAGGCCAAGUUCAUUGGGUUCACCAUGUACACAACCUGCAUCAUCUGGCUGGCCUUCCUGCCCAUCUUCUAUGUGACCUCCAGUGACUACCGAGUACAGACCACCACCAUGUGCGUCUCGGUGAGCCUCAGCGGCACCGUGGUCCUCGGCUGUC